UGGUGCCGUACCUUGGAGUCUGUGCCGUAAACAAGCACCUCUUUCAGCGUGUUACCGCCGGGCGGACGCCAUUUGCUUCGACGCUACUGCAGACUCUUUUGUCCUGCCACCGUCCAAAUUUAUAGUUUUUACAUUUUUACUCGUUCGUUGUUGUUUCAUCACUCGCCUUUAUCUUCCACCAUGGACAACAACUCAGAACGCGUUCCACUGAACGACUCAUCUGCACAGUAUGACAACGAUAGUAAUGUCAGCAACAACGAUGUCGGCAACGACAACACGGUCAGCAACUACGAUGACGGCAACAACCACACCGCUACGACCACUGGUAUUAUACCAUCUCCGAGUCAUAAGCCUGUUACACCUUCUCUAAAUUCAAAAAAUAUAAUAUUACCAGAGUCUACUACUCCUAUCUGUGAUAUGAAAAUUUAUGAAAAUCGUUUGAAGACUUUUAAUAAAUGGCCAUCAAAAUGUAUUACACCUGAUAAAAUGGCUAGGGCUGGAUUUUAUUAUACAGGUGUACAAGAUAAAGUGAGGUGUUUAUACUGCCCGAAUGAAUUUGAAUACUGGGGAGAAGAUGACGAUCCGUAUAUUGAGCACAAAUUAGCAUCUCCACAGUGUCAAUAUUUCAAAGAAAAACUAGAUCAUAAAUCUGAUAUUAUGACUACUUUUGUUCAAAAUUUCUUACGCUCCGUUGGUAUUGUUACUGAUAUGAAUAUGAAAGUUCUCUCAAAUUAUAAAUCUUUAACUUCUUUGGAAUCUCGUAAGAAAACAUUCGAAACAUUCACAAAAAAACUUACCCAUGAUGUUAAAACUUUUUGUAAAGCUGGACUAUUUUAUAUAGGUGAAAACGAUAGAAUGUUAUGUUUCUGCUGUAACCAAGGUCUGAUGGAUUGGGAAGUUGAUGAUGAUCCUUGGGUUGAACAUGCUCGGUGGUCACCACUUUGUAGUUAUGUUCUUUUAAGUAAAGGAAAACGUUUUGUUGAAGAGGUUGGUGGUGAAGUAAACUAUAGUUUACGAAUCAACCUUGAGGAAUUGAAUAAGUUAUUUACGAUUCACAGACAUUUUGCAGUUGACAGUAAURCAAUGAGGAAUUUGGAAACAUUAACUCAAAGCAAUACAUUCGCGGAUUUUGUGGAACCUGUAACAAUUUUACGCGUAACUCGACAGGAACCAUCUGCACCUGAUUCAGUGUUAUGUAAAAUUUGCUUUAAAGAAAAAUUGGAAGUGCUAUUCAUGCCUUGUGGUCAUGUUAUUGCUUGUAUCCAAUGCGCGGUAACACUUGAUCUUUGUGCUGUGUGCAGACAGCCCUUUACUAUGACUAUGAGAGUUGGACUAUAUGUCACUAAUCUAAAAGAAUUCAGUUUAGAAUACUUUCCAUCAAAUUGUUCAAAUGAACUCAUUGAUCCAGUUCUUUGUAAAGUUUGUUGCAAAGAAGAAAUGCAAGCUGUAUUUUUACCAUGUAGACACAUAUCCACUUGCUAUAAAUGUGCACCUAAUGUGAUUCAAUGCCCGGUAUGUUUUGAACCAAUAUAUGCAUAUAUGCAAGUGUUUUUAUAACAUUUAAAUAUAUGWAAUUAUCUAAACCCGAUUCAAAUAUAAAAAGU